GCGGAAUGACAGAGAUGGUGCACGUUUCUCUCUGCAGCUGCGGAGCUCUGUGUCGCCCUGUUCGCCCGCGUCUGUUCGGUUCCAGCGCUCCAUCCCCCCGGCUCUGCGCGUUGCUAGUGCUAUUCACGAGUGGAGUUGCGGAUUUUGCGUAAGCCCCUGCUCGCGCUGCAGCGCACACUCUCCCUCUACCUCCGUUGGCAACGCCGCGAUUGCUGCUUAGUGCGCGCGUUUUUCGCGGACGGGAAUCGGCUCUCAGCGCUAUAAAGAUUUUGUUUUUUUUGUCUUCGAUCCAUCCAAGCCGGUACAGAAACCAUUUUCGAAACCUUUCAGCGACCUGCGUCGAGUGUCCACGUUCCACUGUGGAAGUAGCUCAACGAUACGCGCGCCUCAGAAUGCCACGGUGCCAGAUAAACGGAGGACAGCGAGCGAAAGCCACGCGCAGAGCCGUGAGAGAGACGGGAUCAAUUUAAAGGAGGAGAGUGAGAGUGGGAGAAAAGGUUGAGGGGAAAAUACGGAGGAGAAGAAACUAUAGGAGAGGACACAUGUAACGAACAUCAGCACCCCUUAUUCAAAGACCUAAGGGGGUGGAUCCAACAGUCUGAAACAGCAUGAGGACCCUGUCUCCAUCAAAGGCGAACACUGACAGCCAGACACCGCGGCUCCGACAUCAGCUACAUAUCUGAAGAGUGCACCUCAUUUUUAACUAGUUUCCGUCCAGUGGUGUGGUGUGCUCAGGUGAAAACAUACGGAUACAAGGAUAGGAUGGACUUUGCCUGGAAGUGAUUUGUGAUACUUCUGUGCAUUGUUUUUUUUUUUUGACCAAUCAACACUCUGGGAAAAGGGGCGGGGGGUCAUGAUCCUGUUGCCAUGUGGGCUGCCAUGGUGACCGGCUUGUCAAAUCCCACCCCCCUCCUCUGGUUGGUCCAACUUUUGUUGUGGCCACACCCCAGCGGACCUCAGUUGACAGCAGCCACACCCCCGUGCCCCACCCCAUGCAGCUGCUCCAAUCAGGCGAGCCGGGUAAUCUGUACCAGGAGGGGAUUGGCUGAGGUGCCUGACAAUAUCUCGGAGAACACACGAUACCUCAACCUGCAGGAGAACACAAUCAAGAUAAUUAAGUCAGACACCUUCCGACACCUGCGGCACCUGGAGAUCCUGCAGCUCUCCAAGAACCACAUCCAGCAGAUCGAGGUGGGCGCCUUCAACGGCCUGCCCGCGCUCACCACCCUGGAGCUCUUCGACAACCGGCUCACCGUGGUGCCCUCGGGCGCCUUCGAGUACCUGAGCAAGCUGCGCGAGCUCUGGCUGCGCAACAACCCCAUCGAGACCAUCAACUCCAACGCCUUCGCCCGCGUGCCCUCGCUGCGGCGCCUGGACCUGGGCGAGCUGCGCAAGCUGGUCUACAUCUCGGACAUGGCGUUCGACGGCCUGGAGAACCUGCGCUUCCUCAACCUGGGCAUGUGCGAGCUGAAGGACGUGCCCAAGCUGACGGCGCUGGUGCGUCUCGAGGAGCUGGAGCUGUCGGGCAACCAGCUGGGCAUGCUGCGGCCAGGCUCCUUCCAGGGCCUGGUGUCGCUGCGCAAGCUGUGGCUCAUGCACUCGCGCGUGUCCGUCAUCGAGCGCAACGCCUUCGACGACCUCAAGAGCCUGGAGGAGCUCAACCUGUCGCACAACUCGCUGCACUCGCUGCCGCACGACCUGUUCACGCCGCUGCAGCGUCUGGCGCGCGUGCACCUCAACCACAACCCGUGGGAGUGCAGCUGCGACAUCCUCUGGCUCAGCUGGUGGCUGAAGGAGGCGCUGCCGGACAACUCCACCUGCUGCGCCCGCUGCCACGCGCCGCCGCGCCUCAAGGGCCGCUACAUCGGCGACCUGGACCAGAGCCACUUCACCUGCUACGCCCCCGUCAUCGUGGAGCCGCCCACCGACCUGAACGUGACGGAGGGCAUGGCGGCCGAGCUGAAGUGCCGAACGGGCACCACCAUGACGUCGGUCAACUGGCUGAGUCCCAACGGCACGCUGAUGACGCACGGCGCGUACAAGGUGCGCAUCAACGUCCUGCACGACGGGACGCUCAACUUCACCAACGUGACCAUGCAGGACGCGGGGCCGUACACGUGCAUGGUGACCAACGCGGCGGGCAACACGUCCGCGACGGCGCUGCUCAACGUCUCGUCGGCCGCCGACCCCACCAGCAUCUACACCUACUUCACCACUGUCACCGUGGAAACGCUGGAGGUCAACGACUCGGCGCGCCAGUACGUCAACGAGUCGCUGAUACCUGGCGGGACGAUGCCGGGGGCAGUGGGCGACGGCGGCGAGCGGGCGGUCUACGGGACCGUGCCGCCCAACGGACCCUCGCUGCCACCGCUUUCGCCGCAUGACAAGGUGACAGAGAAGGCCUUCACCGUGUCCAUUACGGACGUGGCCAACCUGCACGGGCUGGACGACGUGAUGAAGACGACCAAGAUCAUCAUCGGCUGCUUCGUGGCCAUCACCUUCAUGGCGGCCGUCAUGCUGGUGGUCUUCUACAAGCUGCGCAAGCAGCACCAGCUCCACAAGCACCACGGGCCCGCGCGCGCCAUCGAGAUCAUCAACGUCGAGGACGAGCUCACCGCCGGCAACUCCAGCGGCAUCUCCGGCGGCUCCACGCUGCGCGGCAACGCGGCGGGAAGCAUCUCGGCCGGCGGCGGCUGCGUGGGCGGCGGCUGCGUCGGCGUCGGCAGCGUGGUCGGCCACGAGCCCGAGAUCGUCACGCUGCCCAACAUCGGCCGCGCCGACCUCAACCACUACUACAAGAGCCACACGUUCAACAACAACGUGAUGGGCCUCAGCCUCGGCUCCAAGAGCAGCCCGCCCAGCCUGAGCCCCCCAGGGAAGAUGGGCCAGGACGGGCCUCUGGAGUCCAGAGCCAGCCCCCCGACCCUCUCCCUCCACAUGGGCUUGCACUCCUCGCUCAAAGCCCAGAACUCGCACAUGGAGCCCCUACUGUUCAAGAACAGCUCGAAGGAGAACGUGCAGGAGACGCAGAUUUGAAGGAUUUAAAAAAACGGGGGGAACCACAGACAAGACGACAAAACACACACAAAACCAACCAAGCAAAGAAAAAGGGAACAACAUGUACACACAUGCCUGUGCAGACACA